CUCCUCAGGCCUGUGUGUGGAGCUGCAGUCAGUGACAGAACAGCUGCCCGGUGAAGUGUCACAGUCCGCAGAGGCGCAUUCAUCUGAACUACGACAAAUCUGCAUCUGCUAAAAUGUCUCUUCAGGCAGAGUUUGACAAGAUGGCGGGGGAUGUGAAGAACGUGAAGACGAAGCCCACGGACCAGGAGUUGCUGGACCUCUAUGGCCUUUACAAGCAGGCGACGGUUGGAGAUGUUAACACCGAUCGACCAGGAUUGUUUGACAUGAAAGGAAAAGCCAAGUGGGACGCCUGGGACUCCAGGAAAGGAAUGUCCAAGGAUGAUGCCAUGUCAGCCUACGUUGCCCUAGGGAAGGAAAUCAUUGGCAAAUAUGGGAUAUGAAGCUGAAUUAGCAGAAUUAAAGCAAAGAACAAGACUGCAUACUAACUCCAAUACUAAAACUGUGCUGCGCCUUUGUCAUGAGUGGCCUUCUGCCUUUUUUUUUGCUGUCAUUUUAUAGAUUUACAUUGAUUUUUACAUUUCAUUUCUGCAACUAAGACAUUUCUAUGCAUCUUCUGAGGCUAAAUAUGUUGAAUCCACUAAUUGGUACUUAAUCUAAUGUUUGGUGUUUAUGCUUAUACACAUGUGCACAGCAAUAUUUUUAUUUAACUACUUGACCUUUAGUCAAAACAGGACAAAGUAAAUUCUGAAAAAUGUGAACACGAUUAAUUGCACACUUUUUUCAAAAAUAAAAUCUCUCGAUUAUUGGAA